AUGUCCAUGUCCUCCUCCAGCUCUCCCGAGGAUGGUCGAUCUGAAGCAUCAGCAUCGGCCGGCGCCCCGGGAGGACACGAGCCCUUGGCUUGUGUAAGCUGCCGCUCCCGGAAGCUCAAAUGUGACCGUAUCAAACCGGUUUGCUCUCGCUGUGCGAAGGCCGGUACCGAAUGUGUGUAUCCAGAAUCCCGCAGAAAACCCGCUGUAAAGAGGCGUAAUGUCAAGGAACUUGAAGAAAGGCUAGCCCAAGUAGAAGGCCUGCUCAGAAACGUUGGAGCACAAAGAGUUGGCAAUUUGACUCCGCCAAGCAUCUCACCAGUUGAGGCGCCGUCAGCUUCUGCUCGUGGGAAUAAUGCCUCCCAAUCUGCAACGGGGAGGUCCCAGGGCAGGCCCCUGGAGAGGGGAGUUCGCUGGGUUCCCCCUUCUCCCAGUGAUACUCCUCGGAGUGCGAAUGAUCCAAGAGCUGGCGAGCUGCUCUCACAGGGCCAGUUUGAAUGGCUACCACCCUCCGAGAUGAUCGAGGACUUGCACAACAUCUAUUUCGGGAUACAGACCUACUUCUUGCCUAUCGUACAACCACAAAUCUACUUGGCAAAGUUUCACUCUCCCCCUCAUAUGCGUCCUCCGCUGUGCCUCCAGUAUGCCAUCUGGGCCUUCGCAGCACAUAAGCAUCCCGUUUAUGGAGACCAUUGGGAGGUCUUAUACCGGCGCGCUCGUCAGUAUCUAGAAGUGGAUGAGCUAAAGGGAGAAGGCGAGCAUUUCAUCACUAUCGCCCACGCACAGGCCUGGGCUCUUGUUGCCAUGGAUGAAGCCCGGUCCCUUUGGUUUACCAGGGCAGCCAUGAGCACCGCAAGAUGCGUCCGGCUGGUUGGCAUGAUGGGUUUACACCGGCUUGACAGCAACCUGCCUGAAGAGGAGCACCCUAUAGCCCCGAUGAUCCCCCCUCACAAAGAUUGGGUCGAGCUCGAGGAACGCCGGAGGGUCUUUUGGGGUAGCUUCUGUAUCGAUGCUUACGCAAGUAUCAGUGCUGGCUGGCCCUCUAUCAUGGAAACUACUCAGAUUACCACACAUUUACCUGCAUCAGAAGAAGCUUUUUUGAAGGGCACCGAAGAACCCACAUCUACACUACAAGAUGUGUUCCGAGGUGCUGACUACUCGAUAUUCGCGAGUAACAUUGUGGUCUGCUAUAUUUUCAGCCAACUUAUGAAGCAUGUUCAUCGUCCGAUGCCAGAUGAUCGUCCCCAAGACGUUGAGUACGGACCCUGGUGGAAGCGACACAGAGAGCUGGAUAACAUGCUCUCCAGCGUGUUCAUGUUCCUUCCAGAGAAGUACAGAUUACCUAGAAACCUUCGUGACCCUAUUGCUUUGCAGAUCAAUUUAAACCUACAUGCUGCUGUUAUCUGCCUUCACAACGCGGCUUGUGAUAAGGUCGACAAGUACAAGCUCCCGGGCAACAUCAAGCAGAGCAGCCGGACGCGAGUUCUGACUGCUGCCCAGGAGGUUGUUGACAUCAUUAAAAUGACGAGCCACAUGAGGGCCGCAUAUGACUGUGACCUCGGCAACCUUGAGAUAAUCAUCAAAUGCAUGGAUUCACUGAAGGCGUAUCACCCGAUACUUCGGGCCUAUAUGAAUCAGAUCCUGCUGGACAUUGAACGCAAUGAGACCCGCAAUCCCUUGGACUUGGCCGCCGACUUUUCACAGUUAUCUAGCGAAACAGCCACAGCAACUACAACCUCGUUCACCGUAUCAUCCACAACCGCAACUACCGCCAUCAGCAACGACCUAAACAUCAACCCCAACAGCAGCACCAGCACUGCCCCCGCCGUCACCGGCACCGCCCCCGCCGACCUGAACGUCUUCGACAACCUUGGGGAAUGGGGCUUCACCGAUCCUGAGGGUUUCUACAACAUGCUGUAUAGUGCAACCUUCGAAACAACAAGCCCUGCCGAUUUCUCUGGGACAUCCCAGCCUGACUCUAUGGCGAACCUCGACCCCUGGCUGGGGAUGAGCAGCUCGGGUGUGCCUUGGGCACCUGAAGCCGAUCUAGGAGCCUCUCGGAAUGGGGGAACUGACUAA